AUGUGGAGAGAGAUUCAAGGCUGCAACGACUGGCAGGGACUCGUGGGCCCCGCCGCCAGCUGGCUGCACCCACUCCUCCGCGGAGAAAUAAUCCGCUACGGCGAGCUCCUCGCCGCCUGCUACAAGGCCUUCGACGUGGACCCUUCCUCCAGCCGCCACCUGCACUGCAAGUUCGCCAGGGACGACAUGCUCCGCAACCUCGGCCUCCACCACUCCGGCUACCGCGUCACCAAGUACAUCUACGCCUCCCCCCGCGAGGGCGCGGCCGCCCCUCGCAGCCGCUGGAUCGGCUACGUGGCCGUCUCCGCGUUGUCGGACGACGACGCGGAGACGAAGACGAGGUUGGGGAGGGAGGACAUAGUGGUGGCCUUCCGCGGCACGGUGACGAGCCCGGAGUGGGCCGCCAACUUCAUGAGCUCCCUCACUCCGGCCGGCUUCCACCCUCUGGACCCCCGACCGGGGGUCCAGGUGGAAGCCGGCUUCCUCAGCCUCUACACCUCCCAAGAGAGCGGCUGCAGGUUCGGCCUGCGAAGCUGCCGCGAGCAGCUGCUCUCCGAGGUGUCGAGGCUGCUCAGGAAGAACAAGAAACAGAACAAGCGAGAGAUUGACGUCAGCAUCACGCUGGUGGGCCACAGCAUGGGGAGCUCCCUCGCGCUUCUCCUCGCCUACGACAUCUGCGAGCUCGGGAUCAACAGUCUGGCGGCGAGUACUGUGGCUCCGGUGACGGUGUUUUCGUUCGGUGGGCCGAGGGUGGGGAACUCGGGGUUCAAGCGGCGGUGCGAGGAAUUGGGGGUGAAGGUGCUGAGGGUGGUGAACGUGAACGAUCCCGUGACGAAGCUUCCCGGGGUUUUCCUCAACGAGGCGACGGCUAGGGUUUUGGUGGCCGGAAACGAAGAGUACGAGAUGCCGUGGAGUUGUUCGUGUUACGUACACGUGGGCGUGGAGGUGGCGUUGGAGUUCUUCAGUAUUCAGAACCCUGGUUGGGUUCAUGACCUGGAUGGCUACAUCGUCGGCCUCCGGUGCCCUAACGUCGGCGAAAUCAACGAGAACGACGACGGGAAGGAGGUGACGGUGCUGAGCGGUAUGAAUGCUACUAAACCAUACAAUUUCGCGUUGAACUUAUCGGAUGAUGAUCAGCUGUUGAUGGAUGACGAUUGGAAUUACAUGGUGGAUGGGUUUGCUGAUUUCUUAGCUAUGCACGUUACGAUGGUGAGCAAGUCGGCGUUGUUUCUGGUGUUGUUGUUCUUCUACUUGUCGAAAACCAGUUGGUUCGAAUGA